AUGUCUGCCUCCACGAGAACCGAGAGCGAUGCCUUCGGCGAGAUCCAGGUCCCUGCCGACAAGUACUGGGGUGCCCAGACGGAGCGUUCUCUCGAGAACUUCCGCAUCAACCAGCCCCAGGAUCGCAUGCCGCCUCCCAUUGUCAAGGCCUUUGGUAUCCUGAAGGGCGCCGCCGCGACGGUCAACAUGCGCUUUGGCCUGGACCCCAAGAUCGGCAAGGCCAUCCAGCAGGCUGCUGCUGAGGUCGCUGACCUCAAGCUCCUCGACCACUUCCCCCUCGUCGUUUGGCAGACCGGCUCCGGCACUCAGUCCAACAUGAACGCCAACGAGGUCAUCUCCAACCGUGCCAUUGAGAUCCUGGGCGGCCAGAUGGGCAGCAAGAAGCCCGUCCACCCCAACGACCAUGUCAACCGCAGCGCUUCGUCCAACGACACCUUCCCCACCGUCAUGCACAUCGCCGCUGUCCUCGAGAUCGAGAAUGAGCUUCUGCCCGCCCUCCACAGCCUGCGAGCUGCCCUGCAGAAGAAGGUUGACGAGUUCGAGGCCAAGAAGAUCAUCAAGAUUGGCCGCACCCACCUUCAGGAUGCCACCCCUCUCACCCUGGCCCAGGAGUUCUCUGGCUACGUUGCCCAGCUCGACUUCGGCAUCAAGCGCGUCGAGUCCUCUCUUCCCGACCUCCGCCUCCUUGCUCAGGGUGGUACUGCCGUCGGAACCGGCAUCAACACCUUUGUGGGCUUCGCUGAGGGCAUUGCUGAGGAGGUCAGCAAGAUGACUGGUACCGAGUUCAAGACUGCCCCCAACAAGUUCGAGGCUCUUGCCGCCCACGACGCCAUCGUCCAGGCUUCGGGCUGCCUGAACACCCUCGCUGCCUCUCUCACCAAGAUCGCUCAGGAUGUCCGCUACCUCGGCAGCGGUCCCCGCUGUGGCCUCGGCGAGCUGAACCUGCCCGAGAACGAGCCUGGCAGCAGUAUCAUGCCCGGCAAGGUCAACCCCACCCAGUGUGAGGCUCUCACCAUGGUCUGCGCUCAGGUCAUGGGUAACCACGUCGCCGCCACCAUCGGUGGUAUGAACGGCCAGUUCGAGCUCAACGUCUACAAGCCGCUCGUCAUCCGCAACCUGCUGCACAGCGUCCGUCUGCUGGCUGACGGUAUGCGCUCGUUUGAGAAAAACCUCGUCGUCGGCCUCCAGGCCAACGAGGAGAAGAUCGCCAGCAUCAUGAAGGAGUCCCUCAUGCUUGUCACCUGCCUGAACCCCAAGAUCGGCUACGAUAUGGCCAGCAAGGUCGCCAAGAAUGCGCACAAGAAGGGUCUGACCCUCAAGGAGAGUGCUCUGGAGCUCAAUGCUCUCACCGAGGAGGAGUUCGACACGCUCGUCAAGCCCGAGCUCAUGGUCGGCCCCGCCCCGUACAAGGGUUAA